AUGAGCCGGGCCAAUGCUAAGGGAGGGGCCAAGCGCCGUAAGAACAAGCGGGGCGGUGGCGGCGGAGGCGGGGACCGCAACCAGGAGAGCAGCGGCAGGGUCUGCCCGAAGGAGGAGCCGUGCAGCUCCCAGGAGACCGCCAUUAUGACCCCGGGCGCCGUUGCGGCCGCAAACAGGCCCUUUGUUGAGGGGGUGUGUGGGGGCGGCGAGGCCCCCAGAGACUACUGGGAGUCUCCCUUGAACUUGAGCGAGACUCAAGGAGCUCCGCCUUACCCCACUGGCGUUUUCUGUGCUCUGUGCAAAACCGAGCGGAAAGACGGUACAAUGGGAAAGAGUGGGGUUAAGGAUGCAAGCAAAUUGGCUCCCGAGGGCAACAGUAUGUCGUACCAAACACAGUGGGUGUGCUUGACCUGCCGGUGGACCUUGGGGGACUCUAAGACUUAUGGUGGCCUUGACCAGCCAGCAGAGGGCGAAGACUUACUCGCCUAUGGUCCUCUUGGCGGGUCCCUGGCAGAGGCAGGGGGCGAGAGUCUGGCUGAGGGGGCCCAGUCACCGCUCUCGGACACGGCAAGUGCCAGUGAGGCUUGCUUUGAGCCCAUGAACGUCUUGGCAGAGACGGAUCUGGAGUCACAGCGGCUACAGGACUACUGGUCAGAAGUGCGCUUCAUGGUCCGCUUCAUAUAUCACCAGACAGGGACCCUGGUGGUGCCAAAUAUGGAGAGGUUGAAAGAGCUUGUGGAUAGGCUCUGCAGGGUAGACCCCUCACAGCUGUACCAGCGGUUGGAUCACGUAGCACGAGAUUUCGUGCUGGACAUGAAAAUCCGCCUUUUGCAGCCGCUGUAUGCUGAGCCCACAGAGGGAGCGCAGUCCUGCACGCAGAGCCCCCGGCAGAGCCCCCUGCGGAGCCCCCUGCAGGCCCAACAGUUUAUAUGCUGCCUCCUCAAAGAGUAUGGUGCCCUCUGCCAGUCGGCCCGCGCCAUCAGCACCUUCCUCGUCACUCUAGAAAACGAGCAUUUGAGUCUUUUCGACGUGACAUGGGAACUGCAUAAUAAACACCUAUUUGAAAAUCUGAUUUUUUCGGAUCGCCUUCUCCAGAGCAACUUGCCAGCACUGAUGUCACAAAUCAGGCUGGGAGCCACGACAGAGGACAUCUGCAACCAGAGCGCAUACAGAAGCUUGCUGAAACACUGCCGGUGCUUGGAGGAGGAGCUGCACAGGGUCGCCAGAAAGUGGGUGCAGAGCCAGAAGAGGGUCAGCACCUAUGUCCUUGAGAAAAUGACAGUGAAAACCAAGCUAACAAAGGCCUUGAAGCGUUUUAAACAAACGGAAUUCCUUGAAGAGCACUUAACCGAUAAGGAAGCAGACACUGGAGAGAACAACUUGGCAGAAGCCUUGAGGUACAUGCUAUCAUCACCCCUGGCCAUGCCUGACCGCCGCGGCCAGGGAAGGUCUGCUGGCUAUGACUGUGACCACUCGCAUGUUGCCACGUGUAGCAGUGUGGACCCUCCUGUUCCCAGCAAUACUCGUGGCCACCAGCAGGCACUCCGAGCGAGUUCUGCUCCCGACUGUCUCUCUGAGAGUCACCAGCCCAUUGUGUCAUUGGCAAGCUCGGGGUCAGGUUCCAGCUCUCCCGUUAUAACCCAGCAGCAGCUCAGACCCAUUCGCCCAGACGAAGGUUCUACCUCAACUUUUUGCACUGACAGUGAUGUGGCUGCAUUGUCAGCUAAAUUUGCUGAUAUUUAUCUGGUGAAUAGUGAUGAUAUCGAAGUUGUGCCCUACAACGAUGAUGAUACUCAGGUUGCGACCCACAGCCAUAUUGAGGUUGUGACCAGCGUGAGGUCUGAAACCCUGCAGCGCCCCGAGGACUUCUUCUAUGAUGACUCAUUUCUGGCCUUGCCAGCCCCUUUACGUCCUGACUCCGAAGAGCAGUUCUGCAACAAAGGUGCCAGUGACCCACAGCAGGGCAGCAGGGACAAGAGUGCAAACAAUGACAGCUGCUCUGAGCACAGCUCCCGCUGCAGCUCCUGCUCCUGUACCUACAACAUUCAGGAGGAGCACAGGUACUGUGAAUGCUGUGGUCAAUUCUACAGGCACGACUGGCCUUCAGCCACACCAACAGGGAGAAGUUACGAAGAAAUGAGAGAAAAGCUUCGUUUACGGCUGGCCAGGAGAAAAGAAGAGCAACCUAAGAAAACAGAUCGGCGCGCAGAAAGGCAGAAUGUGGUCGAUCAUCGGACGGUGGAGGACUUGCUGCAGUUCAUAAACACCUCAGAGACCAAGCCUGUGAGCAGCACCCGCAGAGCCAAGCGGGAAAGACAUAAACAGAGAAAGCUGGAGGAGAAGGCACACAUGCCCAGUGGCUCCCUAGAGCAAACUGAAAAAUUGGAAACCUCAUCUCACUCCCCUUCCAGACGUGAGGACCACACAGGGUCAGGGGCUCAUGGGGACUCCAAGCUCCUCCUGCCAAAGGAGACCCCAAAGCAUCAACACAAGGAUGGGACUGGCAAAAAGCUGAAACAAACAGGGAAGUCCCCGAAAGCCUCAGAGGGCCAGCCCAAACCCCGGCCCCAGACUCAACCAAAUACUAAAGUGCUUCACCUCGUUUUGCUGGCGGAGCAGAGGAGAUUGGAGAGAAAAGCCAGGAGUGAGAACAAGGGCAAGAAACGGCUCAGCCAAGUCAAGGAAAAGGCGAGCCUAGGCCCUGAAGAGCCUGCCUGCCCCACUGAGCCAGUGCUGGCAGAUACUCCUCAACCCAGCGACACGAGCAAAGAAAACAGGAAGGGAGACGGAGACAACAACCCGCUCUAUGAUGUCUUUAUGCCUAAAGAUAUCGACCUAGACAGUGAGGAGAUGGAUGAGACAGAGAGGGAAGUUGAACAUUUCAAAAGAUUCUGCUUGGAUUCUGCUAGACAGACCCGACAAAGACUGUCCAUCGACUGGUCCAAUUUUAGCUUGAAAAAACCACAUUUCCUACCCCCUAAAUGA